AUGGUGUUGGCGAGUGAUAUCACAGUGAUCGUGCAGAAAUUAUUGGUUCGGGACGGGCGAUUGUCAGUGGCGCAGUUGGCUGAUAUAUUCUCGUUCAUAUUCACAGUAGAUAAGCGUGUCAAUGAUUGCGUUAUUUUGGGACGAGAAAUAAUCCGAAUAAUAUGUGAUGCUAAAGAGAAAUUUGUUGGUGAAGAGGUGAUUCAAACGAUAUCAUCAGUGAAAGCAAACGGUGACGGAAUACUUCUAUCGUUGAUUGCGUUGAUAUCGACUUUGAUCGAAUGUAACGAGAGUGAGCAGGGCAAGUGGCUGGCUUUCUUGUCAAUGCCGUGGCUCACGGAACCAAUCGAUUGUUCACGCCAUUUGCGAUCGAUACCUUCGCUGUCGGAGAUUCGACGUCUAGCAAAGACCAUUGCUAAGUCUUGUACGUUGGAAGUGAAAAUGAGCACGAUAGCGGCAAUCGCGAGGAUGAGUUACGCAUCGGAAUGGCGUCGAAUUAUCUUCACACGAGCACUCGAGAGCUCUGAUACGAAAUUGCAACGAACCGCUCUGGAACAUUUUGCGAAUUUUGUUCAUUCGAUUGAUAUCUAUGCGUUUGGUCAUCUCCUCGAUCGAAUUCUUUUCAUUGCAAAUUCGGCCACUCAAUUGUCAUCUGCACACGGCGCUGAUAUAUGU